CUGCCUGUCUGCCAUGCCACAGCCAUACACCUCAUACACCUCACCCUGCUGGGCUACGGCUCCUGAGGAGGCGUUGGGACAAGCACACAGCCAUGACAGUGACACCUCACCACCUCCGGGGCAGUGCCCCGACUGAGGCACUGUGAGCCUGCCCAGGCUCUCCUGCUGCCCUGGGGGGCAGCCAUUUUGCAGCAGUGACAGACCAUGCACUGGUAUUAAUUGACCCCUCUGGGAGUUCCUGUAAAAUGAUGUCAGAGCACUGAUGGGUCUCAGUGGGCCUGAGCAGCUUCGUCUGGGGACUUCACCCACCGCUGUGCCCACAGGCCAGGGCUCCUUUGUGGGCACCCAGGCAGCCCCAGCAGGGCUGUGCCCGACUGUGCCAAGCAGAGCUGCCGUCAGGCCCUGGGUGACUGCACCCUGUGGGGCAGCAGGUGAGCCCCGGCCAGCCUGUGCUGAGGUGCCGUGGCACUGGAGAGCAGGGGGAGGGAAACUCCAUCCCAAGCAGCACAGAUCUCCCAGGUAUGUGCCCAAAGAUAACUUGAGGAAAAUGGAAACAGAUGAGGCUCAAGAUAUGUCCCAGGUUUCAGGAAAGGAAAGUCCUCCAAUUAGUGAUGUCCCAGAUGAUCCAGAUGAACCUAUGCCGGUGCCAGAGGACCUUUCAACUAGUACUGGAGGACAACAAAGUUCUAAGAGUGACAGAAUCUUGGCUGCCUAUUUCUCUGUCCUUCGAAAGCCACCCUCUACGUCCAGUUUUCCAGGAGCUGCAUACGGGGCGGAAGGCUUUAGGGACUUUCAUGCAAUAAUUCCCAAAUCUUUUUCCACUGGUAAUAUUAAAAUAGAGACUCAUAGUGAUGAAGAGAAUGGGCGUGCCUGUGAAAUGAAUGGGGAAGAAUGUGCAGAGGAUUUACGAAUGCUUGAUGCUACAGGAGAGAAAAUGAAUGGCUCACACAAUGGCCCAGGCAGCAAGGCUAUGUCAGGAGUUGGAGGCAUUCGACUUCCUAACGGAAAGCUAAAAUGUGAUAUCUGUGGGAUAAUUUGCAUCGGUCCCAAUGUGCUCAUGGUUCACAAACGAAGCCACACUGGAGAACGCCCUUUCCAGUGCAAUCAGUGUGGAGCCUCCUUUACACAGAAGGGCAACCUUCUGCGCCACAUAAAGUUGCACUCAGGUGAAAAGCCCUUCAAGUGUCACCUGUGUAACUAUGCUUGCCGUCGCAGGGAUGCCCUCACGGGACACCUGAGGACUCACUCAGUUGGCAAACCCCAUAAGUGUGGAUACUGUGGUCGCAGUUAUAAGCAGCGCAGCUCUUUGGAAGAACAUAAAGAACGCUGCCAUAACUACCUGCAAACGAUGAAUCUCUCAAGCAGCAUUUAUCCAGUCAUAAAAGAGGAAACUAACCAGAGUGAAAUGGCUGAAGACCUGUGCAAGAUAGGGUCAGAAAGAGCCCUCGUGCUGGAUAGACUAGCAAGUAACGUCGCCAAACGUAAGAGCUCUAUGCCUCAGAAAUUUGUUGGUGAAAAGUGUUUGCCUGACCUUCCAUACGAUGCCACCACCAACUAUGAGAAGGAGAACGAGAUUAUGCAGACACACGUUAUCGACCAGGCCAUUAAUAAUGCCAUCAGUUACCUGGGGGCAGAGUCCUUGCGUCCCCUUGUCCAGACACCACCAGGAGGUUCUGAGGUGGUGCCUGUCAUCAGCCCCAUGUAUCAGCUCCACAAACCUCUUGGGGACAGUCAGGUUCGCUCCAACCUUCCUCAGGACAGCGCAGUGGAAAACUUGUUGUUGCUUUCCAAAGCCAAAUCUGUCUCCUCCGAACGAGACGCCUCUCCCAGCAACAGCUGCCAAGACUCAACAGAUACAGAGAGCAAUAAUGAGGAGCGCAGUGGUUUGAUCUACCUGACAAACCAUAUAGGUCCCCAUGCAAGAAAUGGCAUCUCUAUAAAAGAAGAAAACAGGCAAUAUGAUGUCUUGAGAGCAGGUACUGACAAUUCCCAGGAUGCUUUCAAAGUGAUCAGCAGCAAUGGGGAGCAAGUGAAAGUUUACAAGUGUGAACACUGUCGAGUCCUUUUCUUGGAUCAUGUGAUGUAUACAAUCCAUAUGGGUUGCCACGGGUUCCGCGAUCCUUUUGAGUGCAACAUGUGUGGCUACCAUAGCCAGGACAGGUACGAAUUCUCUUCCCACAUAACUCGAGGGGAGCACCGUUUCCACAUGACUUAGAACUCCUCUGGCACAGAUCUAGCCUCAACAGCUGUGUUACUGGAGCUGCACGAGCCAUGACAGCAACAAAGCACAAGUCAACUGGACAGUAAAAGUAACAAGAGAAUCAGAAGUUCAGCAAUUUUUUCUCACAAGAAAAGAGAUUUCGUUUUGGUAGCAUGCAUUGCAAUUCAGUUUUCUAAAAUGAGUUUUUACUGAAAAUGUUUGAUCACCAAAAACCUUUAGUAAUGUAAGUAGGAGCUUUUGUAGUCACAUAACUGAAAGCCCUUCCCUUAACUGAUGCUUCUUGCAAACCUCCCUUGCCAGAACUGUUAACCAUGCCAAGGAUGCACCACACGACGAGGACACAACAGGCAGGAGUGGCCAAGCUUUCUCUCUUAACACCCUGAGCGUUGGGCUCUUCUACCAGAUGUAUGUUUUUUUACUUCCUGGUAUUAUUUGACUCUUUUGGGAAGAUUGAACUCAACUAAAGAAGGAGGGGCCCAUCUCAGAUGAUCUCACAAACAGCUGGGAUGGGACAGGACUCCCCAGCCAGAAGGUUCUGAGUUGCGUUGGUGGUAAAAAGUAGAAUGUUUUCACCUGCAAGGGUGCUACUGGUAUUGACAUCACAACACGCUUUGUGUCACUAGGCAGGUGGGCAGGAAUGUGAAAGAAAGAAGACACCCUUGUAAUAUACUCUGUGAAGUACAAAUUGCAUUUAAUGUAUAGAAAAAGGGUAUUGUUGGCUCUUCUUUGAAUAAAUAUUUUCCCUUCCUAUCCAAUAAAACCCCACUUUUUGUUAAGCAACCCCUCCUCUCUCUGUAUAAACAAGUUACAAUGUAUUUAAUUUUUCUUUCUUUUUAAAGUUUCAGUUAUUUAGAAAAGUAUGAUGUACAGUUGAGAGAAGCACUAGAUAGAUAUAUGUGUGGGGAAAGUCUCCUUAUGCACAUUUUUCAUCUUUUUAAACUGUCUGGAAAAUACCCAAAUAUCCCUCUCUUACAUAUGAAAAAAAUCCCAUUUUGCUUGCACAGAAGAUGUCCUCUUGUAGAUUUUGUGGCUUUACUCAUGUGUUGCACUUAAUUACUUUUAAAGCACUCAGAUGAAUUAAACCAGCCAGUCAAAAUUUGCAGCUGCCUUCUUUUUUCCUGGCAUUUGCCGUUUCAUGAGGGACCAAGCCCCACAAAGGUGCUGAGAACCUUGACUUCCUAUUCACUUAGUCAUUUCACUACCUGCUUUGAGUUACUUUUACUUCAGGGAACUAAUCUUAAGGUUAAAAAAAUGGUGGGUUUUGCAGAAGGGAGACCAGAGACUGCAGCACUUUGCAGAGUGCAGCAAGGUCCACCAAAAGCUUUCUCCAUGGUGGGUUCUGCUUCAGAUACUGUACCUUCAAUUAUAAUCAAAAUUCUGUGACAAAUAGAUUUUAACUCCAAACACAGCUGAUAUUUUAAAAAUACUUUUUUUUUUUUUUUAAAGCUGCUACUUAGCUUCCUCUUCCAAAUAUUUCUUUUCUUUCCCUGAACACCCUCGUAAUUUAAGACUGGGCAAAAAGAAAUUUUUGCAGCUGCAUAAAAAUCUGUCAUCAGUGCUACAAUACUUCCUGGGCAACAUCCAUAAAAAUAACCCAUCUUAGUAACUUAAUGUAUUAAUACUUCCACUGUGAUAAUAGCUGGAUAUUUUGCAAUAAACACAAUCAAAUAACCUACAA